CCUCGGGGUCCCGGGCUGUGGGGAGGGGCUGUCAGACAGCUCGCCCGGCUCUGCCCGCCUGGUUGAAACGACCCGCCGGGGAGAUCCCAGGAUCUGCUGGCUAUGGGUAACGGCCCCGCCUUUGGGCCACCCUAUCACCUUAGCUUGGGGGAACCAUUCUCUUCACCCCCAUCGGCUCCACGAUUUGGUUGCCUCGUCACCUCAACCAGGACAGGGUCUCAGCCUACCCACCUCUCUAGAGAUGGCCGCCCCUUCCCCCUCAGUUCUGGAAGAUGUCCGUUUCAUACAAUCGUCCCCGAAGGGUAACCGGCCGUAUCCUCGUUGGCCUCUUUGGGGUGAUCACUUCAUUCCCUUUGCCCCUCCCCCUGGCGGUGGGAAGCAGACUGCCCCCUUCAAUCAAUUCCAGGCACAGUCGCUGAAUUACUUCACCGAAGACAGGCUUGCUCCCCACUCCCUAGGCCCCUAGUGAUGGCUGCCCCUACCUCCUUCACCCCAUGGGAUGUUUGCGCCUUUUCCUUAGCCUGGAGCAAGAGCACUCUAUCGCCAUUGGCCAGAGACAGAGAACAGGUUUUGUUGCCAGUGGUCUCUUGGGAUGGUCUCUCCAUCCCUUUUGCCUUGAGAGUUGGCAUCCCCCUCCUGCUGUCCGUGAGAGGCAAGUCACCCUUUACUCAUUGGCCCUGGAACGGUGGUCCUUCUCCUUAGCAAGAAUAAGACAGCUCCCACUCCGCUGACUCCCCUGCCAUGGCAUCCUUUAUCUCCUGGGCUCCAGAGGAUGUUUGUUCCAUCUCCAUAGAUCCUAGGAAUGACCAGUUUUAUCUCUAGUAGCCCCUUAGGAUGGGGUUCAUGGGAUGGCCUCUUCAUCCUUAUCACUGCCUCUUCUUCCCUCUAGAAAAGCUACCCCCUUCUCAGUUCAAAGAAUCAUGCUCCCUCCCCUCAGAGAGGACAGGUGUACUGCCUUCUCCCUUUGCUUUUUGGGUUGGUUGCUGAGCCCCAGAAGACAGGAUGGCCACUGUCUUAACUUGGCUCAGAUAGGCUUCCCUGCCUUCCCCUGGGAUUGGGGGCUUAGUCAGUCCCAAUCUCAUCAGUGUUCUCUUCCCCAUGCCUAGCCUUCCUGGCCUAGAAGGCUGUUCUCCCCAGUCCCCAGUACUUCUCUCAGGUAAAGUGAUCUGCUUUCUCUCCCCAUCCCUUCCCUUAGCAAACCUUUGGUGAAAAUACAGGUAGAGGGCUUUGGUGAAAAUAGAGAUAUAGGACUGUCCAUCUUUAGUUCAAUCCAGUAAGUAUUGGCUGAGUACCUUCUGGUGCUAGGAAUCAAAGAAAGGAAGAAGAGAUUAGAAUGCACUGGUGAGGUCAAGGUUAAGGAAGGGCAUUCCAGGAAAGAGACCCACAUAGGCAAAAAGUAAUAGGCAUGCUAUGUUUAUAGGACAGUGGGGAGACUGAACUGGGGAAGCUCUGGAAUCAGGGAUCCGGUCAGGCAUAGGGCCUGGCAGUGCUGACCCAAGAGUGGAGAUUUUGUCCUCAGGGCAUUAGGGUACCCUGCAGGUUUUCAUCAGGGAUAUACUAAGACUGAAUGCUGGUUUUUUUUUUAGGAAAGUUAACCUUGUUGCAGUGUGCAGAAUGACUAGCAAGGAUGAGCCUGGAGGCAGGUGGGAGAUUGUAGAAGCGCCCCACGUCUGGGGUAAUGAAGAUCUGGGCUGCUGAGAUUCUAAAGUUUCAGUGGUAAAAAUAUUAGUAGCAGCAAUCCAGCAACCAUUUAUGGAACAUCUACUAGUUGUCAACCACAUUAUAUCUAUUAAAUAUAUGUAUAUAUACCUGUAUAUAUGUGUAUGGUAUGGAAACUGAAGCUGAGAGAGGUCAAUUACCUUGCCUGAGGCCACAUAAGUCACAGAGCUCAGAAGCAGUAGAGUGGGGAUUUGAAUGAGUCUAAGUUAGCCUGGCCUAAAGCUUGUGCUGUACACCUGUAUCUGACAGCAAGGGACAGAAGAGCACGAAGAGUUCAAAGUAUCAAGGUCUUCAGAUGCUCACAUAUAUUCUGAGCUUCCUGCCUCUGUCAGAUCAGAAAGAGGCCUCCCUCGUGAGUCGGGCUUGGUACUGUGCAGCCCAGAAUGCUCUUCGGGAGACCAAUGUGCAGUACAACAUCCCUGUGUCCUCUGCCUCCCUCCUGGCCAUCAAGAGCCUGGGCCUCAGGGGCAUCACCUGUAUCAGCCUGACCAACCUGGAUGACUCACUAGCUUCGCAUGAGGUGCUGGAGUGUGUUGCCUACCACUUGGGCCCGCAUCUGCAGAGCUUGUGCCUCAGUGGGGGCAGCCCCUCGGAGGCCGCCUUUGUGGCCCUGAUCCUAGGCUGCCCAGCCCUGCGUAUCCUUGACCUCAGUGGCUGCAACAGCCUCUUCACAUCGGGCAUGCUACUAGCUCAGCCCGAGACGGCACAGCGGGUCCAGCAAGUGUUGAGUGGCCUCUGUGAGCUCAACUUGGCUGGCCUGUGGGACCUGACCGACCUCAGCUUCAACCGGCUCAGCAGCUGUGCCCCCAGCUUGGAGCGCCUCUCCUUGGCCUACUGUCACCUCACCUUUGAAAUUGGCCCAGCCUGGGGAUCUCUUGGCCCCCAAGACUCCUCCCCCUCCCAACUCUCCUUCCACAACCUGCUGCAGUUCGUGAAGGAAAGGGCUGGUAGGCUGCAUGCCCUGGACCUGAGUGGCACUGGCUUGCUCCCUGAGGCCCUGCAGGCCCUGGGUCAGGUGGCCGGGCUGCAGCUGCAGGAACUGAGCCUGCAUGGCUGCCAGGACCUCUCCACAGAGGCUGUGGCUGCCCUUUGCCGCCUGCAAUCGGGCCUGAUCUCCCUGGACCUCGGCGGCUGCUCAGGACUGGCUGACGGGGCACUCGUGGCCAUAAGCCGGGGCCUGGGGCACCUGCAGCACCUCAGCCUGAGGAAGCUGCAGUGGCUGACAGACGCAGGAUGUACGGCCCUGGGGUGCCUGCAGGAGCUGCAGAGCUUGGACCUGGCAGAGUGCUGCCUGGUGAGUGGGUGGGGCCUGGCUCAGGCCCUGGGUUCAGGGCACAGAGCUCCAGCCCCACUGGCCUCCCUCAGCCUGGCCUACUGCGCCUCACUCAAGGAUGCCUCAGUGCUCUCCCUGAUCUCAGUGCUGAGCCCAAGCCUCAGGGUGCUAGACUUAUCUUCCUGUGUGGCCCUCACCAACAGGACCCUGCAGGCCAUCUGUGCCUACCUAACCCACCUCUCAGUCCUGCGCCUGGCCUGGUGCAAGGAGCUCCGAGACUGGGGACUUCUGGGGCUGGGGGAACCAAGUGAAGAGCCUACACAGGAGCCCCAGGACCAUUUGAGGGCCAAACUCAGGAGGAACCUGAGAAGCAGGAGCCUCUUCCCACAGCUACAUCAAGAGUUGGAGCAUCAGGCCUCAGGCCCCAAAGAGCCUCCCCAGCCACAGGGCCCUUCCCUGCUCAUGCUGCGGGCCUUGCAGGAGUUGGACCUCACAGCCUGCAUCAAGCUAACUGAUGCCAGUUUGGCCAAGGUGCUCCGGUUCCCCCAGCUGAGGCAACUGUCACUGAGCCUGUUGCCAGCACUCACAGACAAGGGUUUGGUGUCUGUGGCCAAGGGCUGCCCCAGCCUGGAGCACUUGGUGCUGAGUCACUGCAGCCUCCUCAGUGAUGAGGGCUGGGCCCAGGCAGCCAGCUCCUGGCCGAGGCUGCGGCACCUCAACCUAUCCAGCUGCAGUCAGCUCACAGAGCAAACUCUGGAUACCAUUGGGCAGGCGUGCAAGCAGCUCCGGAUGUUAGAUGUGUCCAUGUGCCCUGGUAUCAGCAUGGCUGCCAUCAGGCACUUCCAAGCCCAACUGCCCCAGGUGGCCUGCAUCCAGUCCCGCUUCGUGGGAGGGGCUGACCUGACCUUGACGCUCUAGGGGCAGGUCAGUAACCAACCCUUUGGCUCAGCCUCCAUUGCCCUGAGUCCCCAGCCCUGACCUCUUGACCUGCAGUUUGACCGAAUCCCUCCUACCCUCCUCUGCCGCAUACCCCAAGCUACAAACUCCUUUUCUAGGACUGGGGAUAGAACUAAUCCGGGGCAGCACAAGGGGCUUCCUGCUCCAGUUUGCCCUACAGCCCAGCAAGCGCCUCUUCCAGCUAUAGGCUGCUGCCACAGGCCCAUAGAAAUGCCAGCUCCUGCUCUCCUGACCAGGCCUAGGUCCGGAGGCCAGGCCCACAUGUGGGAUGCCUCUGAUGUUGGGGAGGAGCCGACCUUGUGCCGCUUGCCCUGCCCACGUCUCACACCGAAGGCCUGUGCCUCACCUUGUUCCCUAUAAGGAGCUCUCCCAGCCCUUACCAGCACGGAGUUUUAGCAGCCAAGCCACAGACUUUGUUGUAAACUCAAACAAGAUUAAAAAUUCCAGAUCUUA